ACACUCGGCAAAAUCAAUCCAUUGAUUAGACGAUGGUUACACUUGGUUCACGUCGUGCGCGUUUUCCGUGUUCCCUCUAGCAGACCUCAAGGUUUUGGAUUUUGUUUUGUGUGCUCAGUGCCAAAGUUGCUGAUUGUCGGAAGAAAAAUAUUGCUGCCCGUAUGUAGAAGAAAAGAGUGCGUUAAAGUCUAUCUCGCUGUUCAGCGUGGCAUUGCGGAUUAUCGUUUCUGAAUCAGUGGUCCACAAUAAAAAGGUGGAGAAGGAUUUUCGCCUGGAAUAAGGUGUUUGUAGCUGAAAGUGAAAAAUCAUCAGUAGAACUUGUUUUUAUCGGGCAGUGGGAAAUCCCGCAUUGCUGAGCUGCUGUGGAUUCCCGGAAUUUUUCUGGUGGCAAAGUGCUGGUGUGGAAGCAGGAACCGCCGAAGGAAUGUGAAAUUGCGGAGUUAAUAAACUAGUGAUGUGCUUGAAGUUAAAUUUUUGGUUCGUGAAUUCAAACUACGAAAAAAACUCACUAAAAAGCAAGGAGAUUGAGUGAAGAAAUCGGUGUUGUGGAAUCAAAUCAGUGCGAAAGAAAGGAGAAUAUCGAAAAAAUCUAUAAAUUACGCCUGCAGGAAUUUACCUCGGAGGCACAGUGAAUAAGAAAUAAGAAAACAGUAAACACAAGGCGGCGACACCAAAAUGGCUGGUGUGUUCGAUUUGGAGCUGCACGAUGAGGAUAACAUUCGUGACUCAGACGAUGAUGUGAUCGAGGUCGAUGAUGUAACUUUACUCGCUAUCCGCCGCAGAAUCGCCCAGGUCGAUCUGGAACCGGAGCUACACAUCAACAGCAACCUCGAUGCCGAAGGUUCGGAAACCAUCCCCCUGUCAGAGGAAAUCGUCAACCCGGGCCGGAUGAAGCUCGGUCCCCAGGACUUCGAGCUGAAGAAAGUGCUGGGGAAGGGCGGCUACGGCAAAGUCUUCCAGGUCCGAAAAACAACCGGUGCCGACUCAAACUCCUACUUCGCCAUGAAAGUGCUGAAAAAAGCGUCCAUAGUUAGGAAUCAAAAAGACACAGCCCACACACGUGCGGAACGGAAUAUCCUGGAAGCAGUGCGGCAUCCAUUUAUAGUCGAAUUAGUGUACGCCUUCCAGACAGGUGGAAAAUUGUAUUUAAUCCUAGAGUAUUUGAGCGGCGGCGAGCUGUUUAUGCAUUUAGAACGGGAAGGAAUAUUUUUAGAGGAUACCACUUGCUUUUACCUGUGUGAAAUCAUCCUCGCGCUAGAGCAUUUGCACAAUCUCGGUAUCAUCUAUCGGGAUCUUAAACCGGAGAAUGUACUACUAGACGCCCAAGGUCACGUCAAACUGACGGACUUUGGCCUCUGCAAGGAACACAUUCAGGAGGGAAUCGUUACGCACACUUUCUGCGGUACUAUUGAGUAUAUGGCUCCUGAAAUUCUAACUAGAAGUGGUCACGGUAAAGCCGUUGACUGGUGGUCCCUUGGUGCUCUAAUGUUCGACAUGUUAACAGGCAUGCCUCCGUUCACAGCAGACAAUCGAAAAAACACGAUAGACGCCAUUCUCAAGGGAAAACUAAACAUCCCCGCAUACCUGGCGGCAGAUUCCAGAGAUCUUAUCCGUCGGCUCAUGAAGCGACAGGUCUCGCAACGUCUCGGUAGUGGUCCCUCGGACGGUCAGGCAGUGCGAUCACAUUCGUUCUUCAAAAAUGUUAACUGGGACGACGUGUUGGCUCGACGGUUGGAUCCGCCGAUCAAGCCGGUUUUGAGAAGUGAAGAUGACGUCUCGCAGUUCGAUACCAAAUUCACCAAGCAGAUACCAGUCGACUCACCUGACGAAUCGACGUUGAGUGAGAGUGCCAAUCUAAUCUUUCAGGGCUUCACCUACGUGGCCCCCUCUGUCCUAGAAGAAAUGCAACAGCCACGAGUGGUAACAGCCCGGUCACCCCGCCGGACGCCCCGACAACACCACGGCGGCCACCAUCAUCACCACCACCACCACAUGGGCAGUCACAGUGGUCACGGUCACCAUCACGGCGGUCACGGUCACCAUCGGUUGGGCGGCGCGAUAGAAAACGGAGCCAUCACCCUCGAGGACGAACAGAUGCUCAGUAUGCCCCGGUCACAGGCAAUGCCCUCGAGUCACCAACCGCAACCAAUACCGCACCAUAUGGUGUUUCAGCAACAACAGCAUCAGCAGCAGCAACAUCAACAACAGUCACAACCUCAGCAGCAACCGCCACAGCAGUCCGCAGCAACAGCAGCAGCAGCAUCGUCGAGAAGUACGCAGUUUGUAGCCGGACCCAAUGCUCGGCAUACGCCGGCGCACCUGCAACCGUUUGCGCCACGGCCUUCGCCUCAGGACGAAAUGAUGGAGGUGUAUCCGGAGCUGCCGAUUUCAUAGCCUAGAAUGGAAUACAACAAUUUUAGAAGAUUUAUAAUAUAAUUAAAAGAAGGAAAAUACUAGUAGUCUAAUUACCCCUUACCAACCCUCAAACCCCUACACAAACAAAGAAUACGGAAGAGCAGACAACUAAAAGCAAACAAGUAACAACAAGGAUACCAGCGAGAGAAUCCCGAACAGCAAGAAUAGUCAACUAGAAAUCAAUCAAGCUGGCCGACGAGUGAUGACGGUUGAACGGAGCAAAGUAGGAGCAACGCGUGGUGAUCACCAGUAAGUGAGAAAGAUUUUGUACAGGGCGUGUCGUGUAGUAGCAGUAGCUCCAUAUUUCGAACAGUUUAGGAUGUUUUGCCUCGUUUCAGAUGAGGAAAAAAUCGGGUUUGAUUUUUUUUUACUAUUUCUACAUUACAUUUUGUGAAUGGUUUCCCAAAAGUGCAGGAAAAGUGUUACCUACCGCCCGCUAUGCAAAAACGACGGAAUCCGAUUUAAAACAUUUUGGUUCGACCAGUUUUGGGUCCAACUGUCUAUGAUGUUUCGUAUUUACCAGUUUUAGAGAAAACGACGCAAUACUUAUUUAAAUACUUUUGAUUUUGAUACCUUUACACAAUUUGUUUAACAUCGAUGUAAUUUCUAUAAACUGUUCAUUACUUGUUUGAAAACCGUUCUACUGAGUGUAGCGACGACUAAGUAAGGGCCAUUUGUGCCGCAAUAUGAUCAUUUAUUGGUAUAUUAAGCCUUCCCAAUUAGGUACAUGAUUAUGUAGAUAGUAGUUUACAAAUUUGGUCGGAAUUCAUCAUCAGAAUAAAACAGGCAUGAAUCGAGAACGAACACGCUGAAUCAAUCCGCGUCAUACACCAAUCCGCCAUUGUUGGGAAUGUGGCGCAUUUUGGCGGUUGAACAAUAACAUGUUAAGUUAGCGAGAGUAUUUAGCAAGAUUGAACAGAAGGAUUAGGCAAUAUUUAAAUGCGAUUGACCAUUAUUGAAGGAAAACGUACUCCCCCGUAUAUAGCAGGACUAAGAAGAUAAAAUAAAAGAAUGAAGUGUGUACAUUGUGAAAUACUGUUAAAGAUUCGAGUGGAUUCCGUUUUCUUAAACGUUUGAUCGUUGUUUCUCACUAUAUAUGUACCACCCGUGCUCAUGAACUGGCGAGGGGUCGAAAGGCAGAAGACCGAAAACACAAAUUGGCGAAUGACAAGGGUCGGGAGGUAUACCAAGAACGGGCAAACGAUUGAAAUCCCUUCAAUCAUGAACAUUCUUCUAUCAUCCCUACAGAAACAGGAAAGAAUACUUUCCCAAUCCUUGUGAAGCAUUUUCGCAGGUAAAUAUGAUGGUUGAAGUGAACUUUUGGUGUAUUUUCUCGACCUUUCGUUUUACGACUUUUUGACCAUAAGCUCCCCUCACUGGCCAAACCUUAUUAAUGGCCGUGAGCAACUUUCAACAGGGAAACCUAGCUAAAACCUAUAUCAUGGCAACAUCUCGACACUCCCACAAUGUAUUAGCAAUGUUCACUUGCGAUUUAUGUUCCCAUUUGUUGUUACGAUCUUUGUAAAAUUCAACGGCAUCACUGGGAUGGGAAAGCGCCUCACAGUCAACUUGCCAUAAGACGAUGAUGUCCCCCAGUAACCUUAUUCAACUCAUAGUUAGCAAAUUGAUCCACAUCAAGAACAUCGGGUUGACGACACUGGUCGAUUCAAUGAUUCAGACAUUCAUUUUACCGCUAUUAUUUUCCCUUUCAAAACGAGAGUAUGCUCUCGAAAAAAAAAAUGUAAAAAGUUUAGAAUUGUUACAAACAAAUUUUCUACGUGGUACAGAUGUGUAUAAAACUAUAAACUAAUAAAAAGAAACGCUAGGAUCAUCCCACGAAAAGAAUAGGUUGAAAUCGAAUGAGCGUUGUCCCGUACGCGGACUAGGCGAAAAACAGUCGAUGUAUAGCUUAUUUUUCGUUUGUGUAGUGUUACGCGAGUGGAAAAGCUUGAAUGUUCCCAAGCUGAGCAGUGUUGCUAUUCAUUGAAUUUCAAAUGUUCAAAUGUUUGUAUGAAACCCCUUGUUUGUCAAACAUUUGCAUUUGUUUUUUUUAAGUUGAUCCAACAUAUUCAAUUUUGAUUUUCUUAACAACUACGCUAUUUUUCUGAGUUUUACGUAACAACUAUUAGAUACAAAGUACCUAAUCAGUGUUGCCAGGAAUCGAAAUUAUCUGAUACUCUCGUGUCACUCACCUAAUUCAAAGUAAUCCGCCGUAACAAAAAAAAUAAGCUAUACACGAGUGUUCGUCUCAGUACCGGAAAACGCUGAUGAAAAAUGACUUAAGUUUUAAGAAACGUACAAUGUUCGGGUGCGACAAAAUCCUCGCCAUCAAGUGGAAAAAACACACACACUAAUAACUACAAUUACGACUAAUACUAUUACUAAAACAAAAACACUAUUUUAUCGCUAAACAUUAAGUUCCUCAACCGUGAAAGAUUGGAGUGGGAAGAAGAAAACAGAAAGAGAAAAGCAAAAUCCCGAACCAGGGAACGUUGUUCAAAACACAUUGAAACUAAUCUAAAUCUUAAGUAAAUGGCACACAGAAAAAAAAGAGGUAGGAUAAAUAAAAUCAAAUGUAAAAAGGAAACGCGCAUCAGGCAGCAGAAGACGUUGUCGUUCAAAAUUAAUCCGGAAGUUCCGAAGAACCGAAAUCCCCCCCAUCACCUAUUAAGAAAAGGCACCGUUGAGAUUUUUCUGUUUUGUGUUGAUUAGGACAAGAGUGGGCGCACGCAUGCAAAAUGGCAUGAUUUAUUUUUGUUACAAUGGAACCGUUACUAGCAGAAGCUGUACCAAGAGGGAGAAUAGGAAAUGAGACAAACGAGAUUAGAGAGAUACACACACCCAUAAUAAUUAUGUGACCACGGAAUAACCUUUUUUAGCCAAAUAUCCCUCCAAAAAUUGAAAGUAAUAGUUAUUUUAUGACAAACAAUCACACACAAGAUAUAGCUCGAUAACCGACGGAAAGGUAGAGAAACGUAUAAGAAGAGGAAGACAACAACUACCAAGAAACGAAUGAGUGGGUAAUGCCUAAUAGUUUUAUUGAACUCUUAAAAGAAGAGCAUGCGACCAUUCUCAUCAGAUAUAACCUCUUUGUCAAGUUCAAAUAUUUCUUCUGAUUAGCAACGCUAAUUAUCAUUCAUCAGAAGUUUCUUUUGCAGUUUUUUUAACCUGGUUUGGAACUGCAUUUGUUACAAUAGUCUAUUUUACGAAACGACAACAGUGUUGAUAUUGAAACACUCACGGGCUACGACGUGACCUCCUGUCAAAUUUUCAUUCAUGAAAUGAGCGAUCAGCUGAUCCAAAAUGUCUCGUAAAAUGACUCAUGGAUCACUAACAUAACUAAAACGGCCGUUGUGGAAUGAACAGAUAGCGCGAUAGUAGCCUUGUGGGGUUGACAUAACUCAGCUGCUGUCACUAUGUUAAAGUCCAUAUACGGUGGCGUCUUUGUUUUGAUGCGGCGAAGCCUAACACAUUUUGCUUCUUUGAUCUAUUCAAAAAGAUUCAUAGAGAUCACAGCAAGCUGUGCACGUUGACUUCAUGUGACCGAUGGUGUGCUUCACUAGCCAGGAUAUGAAGACCAUCGACACGAAUUGCUUCCCGCUGUCGGAAGUCAGCCUUGGUGGACGAGAGAACUUCAGACAAAUCUCUUCUUCCAAAAACUCCACCAUCUUCUGCGAAUCUGCUGCACGCAUGAGUUGACACAAUUCACCGGUUUGUCCUGUAGUUUUCGAAUCAGCUGAAUCUCUCUUCUUUCGAAACGACUUGCUUCCGCUCGUGGUAAACUGCGACGUUUGCAAUAAAGAAGUCUGGGAACAUAUUUUCUACGCUCUUCACUCUGUCCACGAGCUUUCUGUACCAUGAAUCCUGAACCUGGUCUACCGUGAACACUGCUUCAACUCAACCAUCGUUCUGAAAAGCGCGUCUGGAACUACGUUGAUCGAUUCCUUCCUCUUCCACAUUGAUUCAAUGUUCGUACAACUUUGUGUGUCCUAGCCUUCCAUAUACUGCUUUCGGAAACUUCUGCAUCAUUCUUCCUGCUUCAUUUCGAUUGCGCAACAUGUCGUUUUGAACUCCAAACUUGUUUCAGAAAUUCAUUCGUAGAAUAAUGUGCAAUUAAUGCACCAACUGCACUGUAUGAACUUCAUUGCUGUUUGGCACUAGAAGGAUAUUUGAAAUUUACGAUUUUCCUCCAAAACUGUUGUUGGCACGGAGCUCACAAGAACACGUGAAUCCAGACCAAAAUGCUGUUAAUCUCCGCUGGAACGGAGCUCCGCACGUACACGUCUAUUCGUCUCCAAAUCCGUUAAAAGAAGGACGAGCAAUAAAUAACCAAACCCGAGCCCACCUGAAGCUUGGCAUGCUUCGACUCCUUCUUUUUAUUUGGCACAUCUGUCAUUCCACUGAUUUGUUGUGUCCUGUUAUGUCAACUGUCAGUGUUGGAAAAUGCACUGAAAUAAACGUGCAACUUCGAACCGAAUAAUUUUUUGCUCAAUUCUGAAACAUAUUUUUAUUUCCUACGUGUAGCGUCUUGUGUAGCGUACACUACAUCAUUCUCAGGUUUGUUCUUGUACAAAUAAUUCUCGGAUACUUAUUCAAAACGACGUAUCAACAUAGGAUUUGCGUGUAUUAUACGUCGUUUUGAAAAAGUAUCCGAAAAUUGACGGAAGAAACGUCUUUCCCGUCUUGUUUGGUUAAAUAGAUCGACGGGACAUUCAAGGCUAGAUUCAAGGACAACUCAGCAGCUGAACAAUUACUGGAAACCAUGUUGCUUGCACUGGAUUUUCGACAUGAAACAUUUGUUUUUUAUUGCAAAGAAAUUUAUUUCCAGUUUUGAUUCGUCGGAUAUUUUCUUAGACUGAAUGGCCUAAUCCAAUUGGGGACUACGAAAGUUGAUGAGCCGGGAAACACUCUUUCUUCCUACGGGGUUUCUUAUGAGAGUAUGAGUGAAAAAAAAGCAAACAAUCUUCCCUCCUUCACUUUCCCACAGAAAACCGCAAACAAAAUCAUCACCUUCGUAGUCCCUAAUUGGAAUUUGGAGAACAUAGAAUAUGUGAUACACAUUGAUGUAGUAAUACAUUUGUUGUUCUUGCCUUUAUUUUGCACAGAUGAACAUUGUAAUUGUACAUGCUUUGAUUGGUCUUAUGGAAUCAUAAAGUUUAAAUCUAACGGGAAUGGUUCGCGCAAGAAAUUGAAACAGAAAGAGACAGUGACAGACAUAUGACUUAAUUUUAAAUACCAUCAUCCUAACCAACAGAACAAUACGCAGCAGUCAUAUUUUUUAUGAAGAUAAUGUCUUGUCUUAAGCUACUUUAGUUAAAUUAUUAAACAAAAAAUCAAACUAAUUAUAAUCGGGCAACCGGGAUACUGAAACUAAAAAACCACAACAAAAACAACAAUAGUCUGUUUUUUUAAACAACCGAUACACAUUUAAACUUUAAUAAUUUGACGACUGAUUUUAGGGUAACUGUUCAAACGAAACAACUAUAGGCUGUAAGUGGAAACCUCCAUCGUGAAACAAAUGCAUGCAAACAAUAGAGAAUUUUUCUGUACCAUAAACCUGAUUACGAAAUAAGCCCUGUAACUAGAAUAGACCAGUUGCGAAAACAAAAAAAAAAACAAAAACGAUACCAACCAACAACUAGCCCAACAAUUAUACAGCCGCAUAUUACUUGUGUAUGUAGUUCUUUAGCCGAUUGAGACGGUAAAGCGCCUACUUCGAUUGUAUAGUUUUUAUUAUUAUUUCCUCCCCAAGGUAGCUCAAUUAUCAACCAAGCCCUCCCCCUCUCCAAAAUAGAAAUUAUAAAAAAAAUAUCUUUCAGCAAAUCACUUACCAGCACUGAACGAGUGCGCGUUCCGCAAAAGACGACGACUGCAGAAGCAUUGAGGAACGAACUUAGGAUCUAUUUUUUAAAAUUCUUAUGCAUAAAUAAUUUACCAUUGUGUUUUAUUUUGUUUUUAAGGUAAACAGAAAGAAAGAGUAAAAGCUUUUCUAUUAUUAUACUUACGCGUUAGGAAGAAAGAGAAUAAAAAAAAAACAAGAGGAAAAACGUGAAACAAAACGACAAAAAAAAGAACACUAAUCAAACUAAGGAAGAAGAGCGGAGUUAUUGGUCGACGAAUGAACAACAAAUGUAAAGUUAUAGAGGAAAAUGCUACGAAAAUGGACAAGAUCAUGUAAAUGCGCUUGAUUUAAAAAUUGA